UGACGUCGGCCGGUGCAUAGCGAAAUAAAAUAAUGAAAAGUUGCAUUCAGUAAUUUCGUUGUGUUUACGCGCGUUGCUAGUUCGUUUAGUUGGACAUUGCCUUUUUUUCUCGUGUACGUAGUCGCAGCGCCAUCUACGUGCUCCAUAUCCCACACAUGGUUGUAAUUCAUGGAUCUGUCAAAACAACCUCGUCGGCUGAUUGUGUGAAAAUGUGAGGUGGGAAAAAUUAUUUGGCGCGGCGAAACUGUGUCUGCUUAGCCGCGGAAAAUUGAUGUAGCGCUGUUUUUUUUUAUUAAACUUAACCUACGACAAUCUUCAGUUGCGCGCGAGCUGCCCCGCACGCGCCUCGCGCUCUUCAACAACUAAAACACGAAAAAUCCGAAUGGACCCCGCCCCGGAGCCGAAACUAGCCGAAUUCAAACAACAAACUUUACGCAAACUUUUGAAUUUCGAACGCGAAACGCGACCUACGUUCGAUGACCUCAAACGCAAACUAUUUUUUUAAUUGCUCAAUUUUGUGAUCUAGACCUUAGACAUAGUGCCUUACUGUGUACCUACGUACAAACUCAUUGUGAUGUCAUAGUGCAAAAUAGAUAUAAACUAGUUAAGUGUUAGUGAACUAUAUUUUUGGAGCAAUUACGUUUUGUGUCCAAGUGCAUAUGGACUACAGCAUAGUCUUUAUAAGGGUUGCCGCGCAUGUGCAAUGGCGGAGUGCUCGUUCGCGCGCUGCCAGCAAGAACGCCGCGCGAUACGCAAGGAGCUGCAGCGUUGGACCAAGAACAUGGUAUACAUACUCGGUCUAGAACGGGUGGCGGAGGAGUUGAUGGGUCGAAGAAAAUGGAAAUUGUAUCAAGAUGCGUUGAUACCAAAACGAAUAGAGGGCGAACAGUCAAGCGACGACGAAUCCAUGCCUGCCACAGACCACCCUCCCGCGCUCAAGAUAAAAACUAUACAGCAGAUCAACGAGACGGAAGAGUCGGAGGAGGUCGGGAGGAAGGACUCCAUCCUGGAGAGUUUGAUCAAGCGGCCGGCCGCUGCUCCAAAGGUGGAACCUUCAGAACCGGCUGACUGGAAGCCCGCAGAGAAGUGCUACUUCUGCGUGGACGGGGAGCGGGGUGAGGGCGCGGAGCCGAGGGCGGGCGGCGCGACGAGUCCCGCAUCGGAAUCGGAUAGCAGUUCGGUGUCUGGAGCCAAGAGCCCCGCUGGGGGCCCGCCGCUGUUGCAGCACCUUUUGCAACUGCAACUGCAGGGCCAGAACCCCCAAGCGAUAGCCCAGUUCCAACAGAUGCUAGCUGCGCUCGCGGCGUUGGGCACUGGGCUGGUGCAGCCAGCUCUGCCGCAGGCGUGGAUGAUGCAGCGGCUAGCGGCUGCCAGACCACUUGAUGGGCUAGCGGACGCAGACAAGGUGGGAGUACCCCGGUCGUCGCCGACGGUGACGGAGCAGCCUCUCGACCUCAGCGCCAAGUCGACCUCCAGCACCAGUGGUACUCCGCCACCUGACCUUAAAAUCCAGGAUAAUUCCAGAUUAAAGCGUUCUGCGCUAGAAGGCUCCAGCAACAGCACAAGGCGCAACUAUACAGAGGAUGAGCUGCAAUCUGCUCUGCGCGACAUCCAGUCCGGACGCCUCGGCACGCGCCGCGCCGCCGCGGUGUACGGCAUCCCGCGCUCCACACUCCGCAACAAGGUCAACAAGCACGGCCUAGCGCCGGAAGCCCAGGAGUCUGACCAGGACAGCGACCCGGAGAAACCAGAGACACCCUCCUCGGUGAUCCUCAAAAUACCGUCUUUUCCACCGCCCGACGACAAGAGCUCGUCGCCCGCCACGCCGGUGACGACGCCGGUGACGCCCAUCACUCCGCUCCUACCUCCGCAGCCAUCGCUCAAUCCUCCCUCGCAGCUCCUCCUCCCGCCGUCGGUGUUCGCGGAUCCGCCCGCCUCUCAACACCUCUUGACAUCCAUUAGCGACGUCAUAGCGAAAAGCAUAAGCCAAAAGUUUCAACAGCCUCUCGAUAGGCCUCCCCAGCUCGACUUGUCUUACAUGAGAGCGCCGGAUCGACACGUGUCUGUGAUCAAAACGCCGCCGGACAACCAGAGGAAUUACGCCGUACCGAGCAAUUCGAAAUCGACAAAUAAUGGACAACCUGCAACCGGUGGGAAGGGCACGCGACCCAAGCGGGGCAAGUACAGGAACUACGAUAGAGACAGCCUCGUCGAAGCGGUCAAGGCGGUCCAGCGAGGCGAGAUGUCCGUGCACAGAGCCGGCUCCUACUACGGCGUGCCGCACUCGACUCUAGAAUACAAAGUGAAGGAGCGGCAUCUCAUGCGGCCCCGAAAGCGGGAACCGAAGCCGCAGCAAGACGCAAAGCCGCAGCCGCCCAAGCCGCCCCUCAAGCCGCCGACCAAGCCGUUCACUAACGGGCUCAACGGGCCGGAGCCGCCCGGUUACCCGGCCGGCUACCCCUUCUGGCCCGGCGCCGGCUUCGCGCCGCCCGCCUCGGACUUGUACACGUCGCACAUGAUGCGGCGCCUGCGCGGAGAGGCGCCACCGCCGGCCAACGGCUCCUUCCUCGAGGGCAUCAUCCGGUCGAGCCUCGAGCGGCCCGGCGCGGCGCUGCUGCAGCGGCUCACCGCGGAGCCGCGCGGCGAGGCGCCCAGCCUGAUGCGGCGGCUGGCGGGCGAGCCCGACGACGAGCCGGCCGCGCGCCGCCCGCGCCUGGACUCGGACCACCAGCUGGCGGCCGAGAUGCGCGAGGCGGUGCAGCGGCUGCGCGCCGACAAGCUGCGGCCGCGCAACGGCACGCCCACGCCGCCCGCCGCGCCCGACGCGCCGCGCUCGCCGCCCGCGCCCCCCGCCGCGCCGCACCCCGCGCCGCACCCCGCGCCGCUGCCCGCGCCGCACCCCGCGCCGCACCCCGCCUAG